AUGAAAGGAGUUUUGGUCCUAUUUCUUAGUGAUCUGGCUGCUUCCACUCGGUUACGUUGUUUAGAUAUCAGUGGCAAUGGCCUUGGAGAUGCUGGAGCCAGGAUGUUGGCUAGAGUGCUUGUCUCUACUGAGACAUUGCAAGUGGUCGCAUUUGACUCAAACGGUCUUUCCCUACAAGUACCUGGCUUUCAUAUUUUUAGAUUCAUUUUUGAUUCAUGCUUUUGUGUCCUACUAUUGUCUUAA